AUGUUAACUACAUUUUUCGACAGAAAUAAAGAAGACGAGAGUGCAAGACAACAUUUAUAUAAAGACUUUCCAAAACAUUACACAUGGAAUGCGAGCGCACGUCGUUGGAAUCAGAGAAAACAAGGAUCAAUAAUAGGACGAUUGGUUUAUGCUAAUUCCGCCGAAGGAGAACGGUACUACCUACACCUACUUUUAUCUCAUAUUAGUGGGCGUACAUCUUUCAAAGAUCUAUUCACAGUCAAUGGCAUAUUAUACCCGAUAUUCCGGAAAGCAGCACUUAAGAGAAGCUUAAUAGAGACAGAUGAUAACUUAUCACAAUGUCUUGCAGAGGCUUCUUUAUUUCAGUUUUCCAAAGCUCUAAGGAGGCUAUUUGCCACAAUAUUAAUUUAUUGUGAGUCAGGAGAUGUUCGCAAGUUGUGGGAUGAGCAUUACGAUUCAUUUUCAGAAGAUUAUAGACGAGAAUGCGAAAGUGUUGACCGAGUUCGGAAUAUGGUCCUAACUGACAUCACAAGCUUUCUACAAUCUAUGGGUAAAAAUCUUGAUGAUUUCGAUCUUCCAAAGAUAAAUGUAGAUACCAACUUACAAUUUCGAAGUUUUCGUGAGAGUGAUCCAUGGUUUUCAAAUUUUCUAUUACGAGUGGGUGAUGGAGAUGAAGAAAUGAUGGAAGAAAGCUUUAUACGUAUCCCCGAUGACAUGGCCAUUGCCUAUACUGAUAAAGAUAAAUCAAAGCAUGAUUUGAUUGACGCAAUAUUUCCAUCUCUGCAAAUCAACGGAGCAGAUUCAAACUAUAUUAUUUCGAGGGCGAUAUUAUCAACAAAAAAAGAGAAUGUCGAUGAGAUUAAUGAUCAAUUGACUGAUAGAUUUUGCGGCGAUGAAAAAGUUUACUACAUUUUCGAUGAAGCAGAAGAUGACAUAAAUACCUUCUAUCCAAUGGAGUUCUUAAACUCGCUGACUGUCAGUGGUUUGCCCCCGCAUUACCUCUGGCUCAAAAUUGGAUGCCCAAUAAUACUAUUGAGGAAUAUCGAUUCCUCUAAUGGCUUAUGUAAUGGCACCAGAUUGAUAUGCAGAGGUUUUCAACAGAACAUAAUCGAUGCAGAAAUAGCUGUCGGUCAGCAUGCUGGAAAGAUAGUAUUUUUACCGAGAAUUCCUCUUUGUCAAUCUGAAGAUAACAUGUUCCCCUUCAAAGUGAAGAGAAAACAGUUUCCAGUUCGGCUUAGCUUUUCUAAGACAAUCAAUAAAGCUCAAGGACAGACCAUUCCUAAUGUAGGUGUGUAUCUACCAGAAUCAGUAUUCUCUCACGGACAACUUUAUGUGGCGUUAUCAAGAGGGACAUCACGUGAAAAUACAAAGGUAUUAGUAAAGUUUGCCAAAAAAUUCAAUCGGGACGGAGUCUACACAUCAAACGUGGUGUAUCAAGAAGUUUUACGUGAUUAA